AUGGAUAAUCUCAUAGAUUUGGUUAAGCCAACUACCGACGACUUAGUGAAACAUAAUAUUUCUUCAGAGCAGUGGCAAGAGUUCUCAACUUUACUAAAGCAAAGAACACAUGUCUACAGAGAAGAAAAUGCUCGGCUAGAAACAGUCCUCACCAAAUUGAAAAUUUUGAACAAUGAAAUUAAGCUGUUGGCAGAUAUAUCAAAUGAUGUAUCAAAACUUAUUAGGCAUUCUCUUACGGAUAUAAUAGAUAUGAAACGACCAUCAACCCAUUACUCCACAACACUCACACAACCUGAAAGACUGAGGAAGCAUAACAACUAUGUGUCUAAAUUGAAAAUUUGUAUCAAAAUGUAUGUUAAUCUCAAUGAAAGGCUAUCAAAAGAAAUCAAAUUCAUCAAAUGGGAAUCGGAUCAGUCGAGAGUCAAAUUGUCUGGAAUUUUAAACUUGUCUAGUCAAGAAGUGCAGCAAUUAGAAGAGAAAGCCAAGAAGUAUGAAAAUGAAUUGUUGAAGUUCGAGAAAAAGUAUCCAUGGCUCAAGGAUCCCCAAUUCAAUUUGCCGAAUAUAUCCAAAGAAAUAGAAAUGCUACGGAAUUUGAAGGAGACGAAGGAAAAAUUAGCGAGGGACCUUAGCAUAUAUCAAGAACUGAAACCUGACAUCAAAGAAGCUGCCCAACAACUUGCCGAUCUCAAAGAAGAACACAAACACUUUACAACAAAGAUCCAAGAUACUAAUAAGUGUUAA